UCCCUGGCCCCGGGGCUGCUCACUUCCCCGCGCCAACCAGGCAUAAAAGGGGUUCUCCCGGCUCGGGCAGCCACAGAAUCCGCUCCGCCAGCUCUCGCUCCAGCUCUCCAGCUCCAGGCACCGCCGCCCCGACUCUCCGAGCUGAGCCCCAUGGCCCGCGCCGCCACCCCCGCCGCACCCCGCGCCCUCCGGCUCCUCGGCGCCGCGCUGCUGCUCCUGCUCCUGGUCCCCGCCGGCCGCCGCGCCGCAGGGGCGCCCGUGGUCGCCGAACUGCGCUGCCAGUGCUUGCAGACCUUGCAGGGAAUUCACCUCAAGAACAUCCAGAAUGUCAAGGUGACGCCGUCGGGACCCCACUGCGCCCAAACCGAAGUCAUAGCCACU